GCUGUCUCUACUAGACCAUCAUCAUGUCAGUGAGGAAUCACAGCUUUGUGACAGAGUUUGUCAUCGUUGGUUUCCCUGGACUUCAGCCAGAGUUCUACGGUCUUGCCUCAGCUGUAUUAUUGAUUGUUUAUUCUUGCACUUUAAUAGGAAAUUUUGCUGUUCUUAUCUUGUUUGCAACUCCUAACAUUCUCCAGAAACCGAUGUAUAUUAUCAUUUUGAAUCUGGUCGUGUCAGACGUGCUAUUCAGCACCACCACUUUACCAAAGAUUAUUGCCAGGUAUUGGUUUCAGGCAGGGGCAAUUUCUUUCAUUGGUUGUUUUUUGCAAAUGUACUUAGUUCACUAUUUUGGAUCCGUAACUAGCUUUCUCCUAUUGAUAAUGGCUUUAGACAGAUAUGUAGCAAUAUGUUUCCCACUCAGAUACCCAAUGAUUAUCAAAAACUCCACUAUUCAUAUACUCAAUGCUACUGCAUGGAUUGUUGCAAAAGCCUGCCCAUUGAUGUUGGUAAUUAGGGCCUAUCCUCUUCCUUACUGUGACUCAAACACAAUCUCGCAGUGCUUCUGUGAUCAUAUUUCUAUAACAAAGCUUGCAUGCACUGAUAGGGCCCCUUAUAGUUUUCCUGCUUUUGUUACAGCAAUGGUGGUAUUACUGGGACCGCUAGUCUUUAUUAUAUUCUCAUAUUGCUCUAUUAUUGUGGCAGUUCUUCAGAUUGCGAGCCCCCAAGGCCGCCUCAAAACCCUUUCUACCUGCAGUGGUCAGCUGAUCAUCAUUGCCCUGUAUUAUCUCCCCAGGUGUUUUAUUUAUCUGUCCAGUAAUAUCGGCAUUAGAUUCAGCACUGAUUUACAUAUUGUUAUUAUCAUGUCGUAUAGCCUGCUCCCUCCUAUGAUCAAUCCACUGAUAUACUGUUUCAAGACAAAAGAUAUGAAACAGACCUUGAUGAAAAAAUUCAAGAAGUCAACUGCUCCAUAAAAAGAGAAUGUCUUUGCUGU